AUGCAAAACAUUAUCAACUCCGUUAAAGGAACUGCACUGGGAUUCGCAGGAUUAUUGACUCCAGUCCUAAAGGAAUCAAAAUUUAAAGAUACAGGAGUAGUUACACCAAAUGAAUUUGUAAUUGCUGGUGAUCAUUUAGUACAUACAUGCCCAACUUGGGAGUGGGCUUGUGGUGAUGAAUGCAAGAUUAAAUCUUAUUUGCCAAAAGACAAACAAUAUCUAAUUACAAGAAAUGUUCCUUGUUUACGCCGAUAUCAGCAAAUUGAGAACAAUGAAAUUAUUGAGAAUAUUGUUGAAUUGGAAGAAGGAAACGAAGGAUGGGUUGAGACCCAUCACUUUGAUUCUUCCCAUUUGCCUAUGAAUGAAAAAAUAUCAGAGAUACCACAUGAAGAAAAUUUUAAAGGUCAAAAGAUUGGUAGUCAAGUUUCCAACAUUGUGACCCAUGAAAAUCAAAUUAUGAAUACUUGUAAUUUCUAUACUAAAAAUAGUACUAUAGGUGAUGAUGAUGAUGAUGAUGAUGACGAUGAUGAAGGUGAAGCAAUAGAUAUGGAUGCGUUUAUAGAAAGUGGUAUGCUGGAAGAUGAUUCGGCAACUGUUUAUUCCACACAAAAUGAAAGAAAACAAUUAAAAAGCACAUAUAUUGAUGAAAUAUUAAAAACCAGAACUUAUGAUUUACAUAUAACAUAUGAUAAAUUUUAUCAAACUCCAAGAUUGUGGAUUUAUGGUUAUGAUGAAAAUAAAAUUCCAUUGAGUGUGGAAGAAAUGUACGAAGACGUGAGUCAUGAUUAUGCAAAGAAAACUGUUACCAUGGAGUCCCAUCCUCAUAUACCGGGUCCGCUGAUGGCAUCAGUACAUCCCUGCAAGCACGCAGAAGUUAUGAAAAAACUGAUCAAAAUUAUGAAAAAACGAAGCAAACAUUUAAAAGUACAUGUGUACUUAAUUAUAUUUUUGAAAUUUGUCCAAUCAGUGAUACCAACCAUAGAUUAUGAUUAUACACAGAAUAUUAAUUUAUAG